AUGUCCUUCCUCUUCGGUGGCCAGCCCAAGAUGUCCUCCGAGCAGAAGAUUGCUGCCGCCGAGACCGAAGUCGAGAUGAUAUCCGACAUGUUCACCCGCCUCACCGAGUCCUGCACCAAGAAGUGUAUCCCCACCGACUACCGCGAGGGCGAUCUGAACAAGGGCGAGUCCGUCUGCCUGGACCGCUGUGUCUCCAAGUUCUUCGAUGUCAACAUUAAGGUUAGCGAGAAGAUGCAGCAGGGCGCUGGUCAGCAGCAGGGUGGUGGUAUGGGCUUUGGCAUGUAA